AUGGAUUCAUUUUCAUGGGCGUCGGUGUCUCAGGCUGCGGGGCUAGCCGGCGGCAGCGCCGUCGUCUCCGACAGGAGAGGCGGGGGGCUCUUGCCGCCGCCGACGCUCGGGCUCCAGCUCCCAGCACCGGUCGGUCUCGAGCACUUCAUGGACCCCGGCCUUGUCCAGCUGGCCGUGCGCUCCUCCUGCUUCGCUGCUGCAAACGGAGCGCCCACUCCAAGCCCCUCGUACAUCACCUCCGAGGAGCACCCACUGCAAGCCACCACCGGCAGUGGCAACGGCGAGCCGGGGUUCGGCGGUGGCAGUGGCGGUGUCUACGACGACGCGCCGAUCGCCGAGGCCUGCUCGUCCAGGGCACCGGAGCCGGACUCCAGCUCCAAGAAGAGGAAGCGACCGAACGCGGCGCAGGACGUUCUUGGGAUGAUUGGGACGGAUCAAGAUCAAGGCAUGGCGUCGAACGCGUCCGUGGAUUCUUCAAACGAGCGUGGCGAGGACGAUGCCAAAGCCAAAGGCAAGGAGGACACGCCGCCGGCGACCCGCAAGAAGAAAGGGAAGGGAGCUUCGGCGGCCAACGACGAGUCGGAGUCGUACAUCCAUAUCAGGGCUCGGAAGGGGCAGGCAAGCAACAGGCAUAGCCUCGCAGAGAGGCUGAGAAGGGAGAAGAUCAGUGAGAGGAUGAAGCUUCUGCAAGACCUUGUUCCUGGUUGCACUAAAAUCACGGGGAAGGCAGUGAUGCUGGACGAGAUCAUCAACUAUGUCCAGUCCCUGCAAAGACAAGUGGAGUUCUUAUCCAUGAAGCUCGCGGCAGUCAAUCCACAGCUCGGCCUCAACAUAAAACAACUUCUAUCGAAGGAUCUUUUUCGCACCCCCAGUGCUCCUUCAAGUUCAUCUACUCACCUGGGAUUCUCAUUCUCCCACGAAAUGAUGCCCAAACUACCACCAUUGUCGCGAUCGGGCGUGCUCCCGGGAGGCGUUCAUGGCUUGGCCAAUUCAGAUGGGUUCAGAACAGCCAUGGAGGAGCAACUAAACGGCAAAGACUCCAUCGAAGAGAAUGUCUCUCAGCUGCUGCUGCUGGUCCCUCUGGAAAACACUUGGGGCCUGCGCCUGGACCUGAACGCCCAAAAUAGCAGCCGGGCCGAUGCCAUGCUCGUCCUCACGUGCGCCAACGCCUCCAGGCUCGGCAGCCGCCGCGGGCCUCCGCAUCCGCAUCCACGGGGAGCGCUCACGGGUGGGCUCGCGGGGCCCUUCGCCGUCGCCGUCAACCUCCUCGCGAAGCUAUUCGCCGCCAACCCACCGAGCGGAGGGGUGGCGCCGGAGUGGGCCAGAGCAGGGGCGGCACCGGGGUGGGGCGGCGCUGGAGGACCACCAGCAGGGGAGCAGGGGCGGCGCCGCGGUGGGGGAACAGAGGCGGCGCCAGAAGGAGCAAGGCUCGGGCGGCGGCGUCUGGACGAAGCAGAGCACGCCGCCCAUGUAAUCUUGGUGAAGGGCACAAUUGCCAUCCCCUGUUUGCGUCACGUCUUUCGGUGUGCCUUCCUGGAUUGGCAACUCGUCAGGAAGAAGGCAGCGAAGAUGGUCGAGGAGAUGGCCUACAAGGCGCCCGAGCUCAGGGAUAGGAUGCAGUACCCGCGCAGCAGGAACAGCCUGUACCACUUUUAUACCCAUUGGGUCCAAAUACAUGUUUUGAAGCUGGUAGACUUCUGGGGCUUGAGCAAGGGCAAUUCCCUGAAGUUUUGUCAAAAGAAGACUUUCCGUACUUUCAGCAUAAGCUAG